UAUCAGAUAAAUGGAGGAAAAUGUUCAAUAUUUCACAUUAAAACAGCAUGAAAGUGAAUUAGUGAGGCAGGUUCUCAGUUGUAAGGACAUUAAAUGAUCCUUAAAAACAGAAUUUACAAAGUGAUGUUGUGGCUCUAGAGGCUCAAAGUGUGACAUUUACCAAACUGUGUGGAAUUAUGAGAGUCAAAUAUACCAAUGAAGCAAUGAAAUGGGAAAGAAUGAGUGAAAUUCUUCAAAGUUUGAUUGGAUUCAUCUCAUCUAAAGGACAUUUUCAUGAAUGUGGAAAAACGACAGGAAGUGGUUUAAAGCAAAGAGCCAGAAAAAGUCAUAAAGUGAUCAAAUCCAAGAAGAGACUAAAGGAGAGCAGAACACUAAACUAUUGAGCUUCCACAUUGAAAUGAGGAGUGGAUUAAAGUCCACAGCAGCAGACAAAGAAGAAGAUGAAGCCAGAGAAGGUUUGGAUUCCUCAGGUGACAUGUAGAGUGUAGAUUCCCUCUCUGACUGUAGUUCCUGUAAAACAGCUUCUCAGGACAUUUAGUGUUGAAAUGGAGUCAUCACUUCUGGGAUUGAUUCUUCUUUAUUCUUCCUAAAAGCUUCAUAUUUACAGAAUUAGAAAGAAAUGGAAAAUGUUCCCAAACACACAUUUUCACAGAGUUCUGUUCUAACUCACCACAAACUGAUCCAUCAGGUUUCCUGCUUGGUUGUCUUGACAACAGUGAUGUGACACCACUUCCUGUUCCUCAAAUUAGUUCUGCUUUUACCAUCUUCAUGUUGCAGCUCCUUUUCUCCGUCUGAAUGGAGCCACGAUGACGUCAGAGGUGCUCUUGAACAUCCUGGAGGAUCUGAGAGAUGAUCAGCUGUCUACAUUCCAGUGGUUCCUGAAGCAGCCCAACAAUGUUCAAGACCUCCCAGCGAUCACAAAAUGCCGACUACAGACACUAGACAGGUGUGAGACUGUGGAUGUGAUGGUGGAGACUUAUGGACUUCAGAGAGCUGUGCAGGUGACCAGGGUGGUUUUAGAGAAGAUCUCCAGGAAUGAUCUGCUGCAGAGGAUUCCUGCCAGCAGCUCAGGACCAGAAGUGCAUGUCAGUGAUGUUGGAGAACCUUCAGAGAACAGAGAACCUUCCUCCUCUCAGACUCAGCCUCCUCUUCCUCAGACUGAAGAUGAGACUGUUCCGGUACCAGAACCACGUCCCAUCAGAUAUUACCAACAGAAGCUUCAGUCAAACUUCCAGCACACAUUUCUGGUUACAACAGAGGGGUGGGCAACAGAUGAGGAGCGUCUGGUUGAUAUCUACACAGAGCUGUACAUCACAGCUGGCCGGGACGUGCACGUCAACACACAGCAUGAGGUCCUACAGAUUGACAAGGUGUGGAAGCCAUCAGACACAGAGACACAGAUCCAACCCACAGACAUUUUCAAGCAUCCUUCUCGAAAAGACAUACCCAUCAGAACAGUGCUGACCAAUGGGAUUGCAGGGAUUGGAAAAACAUUUCUUGUGCACAAGUUUGUGUUGGACUGGGCUGAAGAAAGAACCAAUCAAGACGUGCAUCUUAUUUUCCCAUUCACUUUCCGUGCCCUGAAUUCACUGCAGGGAAAAGAGUUUGGUUUGGCAGAGCUCAUUCAUUUCUGUAUCCCAGAAACUAAAGACGUCACAGUGGAGGCUCUGAAUUACAUCUUUACAGCUCUGCAGUCAUCAGGAAACAGCAGCUACCACAAGAGCAGAUUCAAACUGCUGUUUGUGUUUGAUGGACUGGACGAGAGUCGCCUUCAUCUGGACUUUGAUGUCAACAACAUUCCCUCUGUAGACAUAACAAAGUCAACUAAAAUAGAAGUCCUGCUGAGGGAACUUAUCAGUGGAAACCUGUUGCGCUCAGCUCGCCUCUGGAUAACCACACGACCUGCAGCAGCCAAUCAGAUCCCUGAAAACCUCGUCAACACUACAACAGAGGUCAGAGGAUUUACUGACCCACAGAAGGAGGAGUACUUCAGGAAGAGAUUCAAGGAGCAGGCCAGCAGCAGCAUCAUCUCCCACAUGAAGACAUCACGAAGCCUCCACAUCAUGUGCCACAUCCCAGUGUUCUGCUGGAUCACUGCUACAGUUCUGGAGGAGCUGCUGGAAACCAGAGAGGGAGGAGAUCUGCCCAGAACCCUGACUGAGAUGUACACAGAGUUUCUAAGAUUUCAGAUUGGUCACACAAAAGAAAAGUACGGUCCAGAGAAGUGCAUUCAGUUCAUGAAGUCAUUAGCUAAACUGGCUUUUGAACAGCUGCAGAGAGGAAACCUGAUCUUCUAUGAGAAAGAUCUGAGAGAAAGUGGCAUUGAUGUGAGUGAAGCCUCAGUGUACUCAGGAGUGUUCACAGAGAUCUUCAAAGCAGAGCGAAGACGGAAACAGGAAGACAAAAUGUUCUGCUUUGUCCAUCUGAGUGUUCAGGAGUUUCUGGCGGCUCUUCAUGUCCAUCAGACCUUCAUCAACUCUGGAAUCAACCUGCUGGAAGAACAACAACAAACAACAUCAUGGUCAUCAAAACUGUUCAGAGAGAAAGUUGAUCCAACAGUUUUCCCCCAGAGAGCUGUGGAUGAGGCCUUACAGAGUCCAAACGGACACCUGGACUUGUUCCUGCGCUUUCUCCUGGGUCUGUCACUGCCGACCAAUCAGAAUCUACUACCAGGCCUGAUGACGCAAACAGGAAGUAGCUCACAGACCAAUCAGAAAACAGUCAAGUACAUCAAGGAGAAGAUCAAUGAGAAUGUGUCUGCAGAGAGAACCAUCAAUCUGUUCCACUGUUUGAAUGAACUGAAGGAUGUUUCUCUGGUGGAGGAGAUCCAACAGUCCCUGAGAUCAGGACGUCUGUCCACAGAUGAAAUGUCUCCUGCUCAGUGGUCAGCUCUGGGCUUCAUCUUACUGUCAUCAGGAGAACAGUUGGACGUGUUUGACCUGAAGAAAUACUCUGCUUCAGAGGAGGUUCUUCUGAGGCUGCUGCCAGUGGUCAAAGCCUCCAAGAAAGUUGUACUGAGUGGCUGUAAUUUGUCAGAGAGAAGCUGUGGAGCUCUGUCCUCAGUCCUCAGCUCCCAGUCCUCCAGUGUGACAGAGCUGGACCUGAGUAACAACAACUUGCAGGAUUCAGGAGUGAAGCGUCUUUCUGUUGGACUGCAGAGUCCACACUGUAAACUGGAAGCUCUCAGGCUGUCAGGCUGUCUGGUCACAGAGGAAGGCUGUGCUUCUCUGGCCUCAGCUCUGAGCUUGAAGACCUCAAAUCUGAGAGAGCUGGACCUGAGCUACAACCAUCCAGGAGACUCAGGAGAGAAGAUGCUGAGAGCUAAAAUGGAGGAUCCACACUGUAGACUGGAAACUCUCAGGGUGACGCCUGCUGGAGUCCGAUGGUUGACACCAGGUCUGAGGAAGUAUUCCUGUCAACUCACAGUCGACACCAACACAGUAAACAGAAACCUCAAACUGUCUGACAACAACAGGAAGGUGACAAAUGUGCAGAAGGAUCAGCCGUAUCCUGAUCAUCCAGACAGAUUUGACUGGUGGCAGCUGCUGUGUGAAACUGGUCUGACUGGUCGCUGUUACUGGGAGGUGGAGUGGAGAGGAGUCGUUGAAAUAUCAGUGAGUUACAGAGGAAUCAGAAGGAAAGGAGACAGUGAUGACUGUUGGUUUGGAUCUAAUGAUCAGUCCUGGAGUCUGAUCUGCUCUAAUGGUGGUUACUAUGUCUGGCACAAUAAGAGUGAAAUGUCCAUCAGGUCCUCCUCAGUCUCUCACAGAGUUUCAGUUUAUGUGGAUGUUCCUGCUGGAACUCUGUCCUUCUACAGAGUCUCCUCUGACUCUCUGAUCCACCUCCACACCUUCAACACCACAUUCACUCAACCUCUCUAUCCUGGAUUCUGGGUCUGGUCUGGUUCCUCAGUGUCUCUGUGCUGAGUUGAGUCUCCAGAGUCUCCUCCUGGUACAGAAACAGUGUUGAACAGAUAGUUGAGUCUCUCCAUGACUCUGUCCCUCACAAACAUGUUUUCACAUUCAUGGAUUAAAUGUGUUUCUUUGUCAAAUCCUUCUAAAUGAUUCCUUGUAAACUUGUUCCUCUUCAAAGAUGGAAGUUGUGAUUCUUCCAGGAGCCAAAUGUGGUGUUUGCGUCUUUUUCCAGUCAAAUGUUGAGAGUGAAAAUCAGGAUGUGGUGUUCCUCUGAUGCUCACUUGAACUAAAAGCAUUUGAGCUGCACAAAGUGUGAAAUGAGAGAGGAAGCAGUGAAUCUCCAAACUGCUGACAGACUUUCACACAUUAUUGUCCAGUGAAAAUCAGCUUUUUGCGCAGCCACACUUGAUCCUGAUGUGAGUCUUUAAGUCCUGUUCUAGUGAUGAAAUAAGAACUUCCUUCAUCUGUAUCACUCUUUCCAAAGUAUUCUGUGCUCUUCUGUCAUUUAUGUCUUAUUGAUGGAUCCAUUUUUCAUUUUUACAAUAAAUAAGUGCUUCAAUCCGUUAUUUUUUUUUAUAAGAUUCUGAAUUUCUGGUUUCAUCAACAAAUUCUACCAGAUUUUAUGUUUCCAUCACAUCUCCCAUAACCCUAGCUUUCUCUGGAUAAAAAUGUUUUCAGCAUCGAUAUGAUUCCAGUAGAAUUUAAACCCACCAGGACUAUCCAGAUUACAGUGAACUCUGUAAAUUCAACAUUUUUUAACCUAUUUAAUUCUAUAAAUGUUGUGUUUGGCCGUUAAAGGAGGUUUUCCUCACAUUGUGGUGUAUUUGAACCCUUCCAUGGUCUAAAUUCUUUGAACAGAUCUUGUGCUGUAAUCAAUGUCUAACUUAGUUUUUAUUUUCAUUGCAGUGGUUGAUUUUUUCUGAACAAGAUCAAUGAUUUUUACAUCUUUCUCCACUUUUAUUUGCUCUGCCUGUGGCUUUUAAACUAUUCUAACUUUCUUUUUUAUUCAAUAAAUGACUAAUAACACA